AUGGGUGACUUCCUUGGGGGGAUGGCCGAGCUCCGGCCUGGCCCCCCACAUGCCCGCUCGCGCGCCCUGGACCUCCUGCUGAAGGAGGCAGCGCGGAUGUUCAACCCCCACCAGGGCAACCACGAGGGGACCCCGAAGCGGCUUUCGCCCACCUCCUUCAAGGGCGCCGCCAGGAAAGCCCGUGGUGCUCGCAGGGUAGCGAGACGCGCGCCAAAAAAGGCCGAGCUCGAAAGCCCCGCCGAAGAUGACGACGCCGUUUCCUCGUCGCCGUCAUCACCCACUAGCUCUGCGAGCGCUUCCUCAGCGACUGGCUGUACCGACUCGGACACAGCCUCAUACCUCAGGUCUCCUACCGACUCGCCUAUCCAUGCGGACGACACCGCGACAAGUUCACCGGCGGCUUUCACCCUGUCCCCCGAGAGCGAGAGCGACGCCACAUCGUCUGAUGAUGCUGCUGUCGACAAGGAGCAGCCAUCCACCACCGAAGGGGAACCACGUUCCACCGGUCUCCCCCAACGCCAUGACACCCGCCCGCCUUCGUCUCCCCCUGCCCCCCACGUGUUACCAAGCGUCGGCCAUGAGCAGAGUGACUCCACCGAUUCGGAGAAGCCCGCGGCCGCUGUCGACGGGCAGGCAAGCGCGGAGACGGAGCGGGCAAAAAGCAGCCCGCCAGCCCCGGCAUCUUCCCCCUCGGAGCCGUCCAAGGAGGAGAGAGAAAGAGUUCAUCUCCCUCCCCACGGCCAUGCCGCGCCCGCGCCGACCUCCCUCGCGCAGGAGAUCUCCCCCUCGCAAGCCGCCCCCGUCACCCCCCAGCCGCCGCUCGCUUCUCCGGCUCUGGUAUCAGACGACAGCCCCGGGGGCAGCGGCCCGCAGGAGAGCAGGGAUACGCAUGAGAACGAGGCCUCCUCUCCACGCGCCCCCUCUCUCCCCGAGCCUCGCCUCUCCCCUCUCAGCGGCGUGGCCAGCCAGGAGAAAAAGAAGAAAAAGAAGGGAAAGAACAAGGGCACCCUUCGCAAUCGAGAGCAGCCCAUCGCAUCUGCCGAUGAUUUGGCGGACCACCCGAAGCCCUCCGAACCUCCUGCCUGUGGCGGGGUACAGGGCGACCACCCUACAGGGCCGAGAAGGGAAAAGCGGCUACGUUUUGUCCCUUUCGUGGCCCCUCUCCAACCGCACGUCACUGAUGACGACCUCCCGCCCCGCGAGUACACAGUACUCUACAGACCAGUGGCCCGGAGGUCGCACUUCCUGGCGGCAUCGGGUGACGCCAUUGCGGCGUUCCUGUCCGGAGUUCCUGGUGCGCAUCGGGUCCGCCCUAACCUUCGGAGGAACGUCGUGGCCGUCGACACGCUCCCGGGCGAGGACCUAACGGCUCUGCUAGAGGUCCGCGUCAUAUGUGAUGUGCGCGUGAGGGCAAAAGCCCUCAUAUUGAACACGUGCACAGGCACACUGUUUGACGUGGACCCCACCUUCGAUGGGGCUACCAUCUUCGAGGGCCUCGAGUCUUCGGUGCCGGUGGUCGCCAUCGCCAGGAGCGGUGACGUCGUUACGCUGCGGUUUGCCGGCGACGUCGUCCCCGAGGAGGUCCUGCUGUUUCGACGGCGGCGCGCCGUGCGACCACGCCUGCCGCGCCCGCUUCAGUGCGGCCGUUGCGGCCUCUUCGGCCACGCGACGGUGACGUGUUCGCGCGACCCUCGCUGCCUGCAGUGCGCCGGCGGACAUCCAACGAACUCCUGCACGGUGGACAGGCGUCGCUGUCUUCACUGCGGGGGCCCGCACGCCGCCACGGAACCGCGCUGUCCCCAGUGGCAGCUUGAGAGGAGGGUCGCUGCCACUCUCGCGAGCUCCAAGCCGCGCAUCACGCGUAAACAAGCGCUGGAGCUCGCGCGGAGCAGCGGCACAGCAGUGAUUGAUUCCUCCAAGCAACGACCCGCCGGCCAGCGGGCCACGGAGUCAAGGCCACUUUCAUCGCGCCGGCAGCCGGGGCUCUCCUACUCUGCGGCCCUCACCGGCGGCACACAAGCGGACAGCAGCAUCAGCGGCGGCGUGGGUGAACCGCCCGUCACCGACAACAACCCGGUGCAGCCCCCCGGAGCGACGGCGCCGGAUACAAGCGUGCUCGUGCUGACGGCGCUUGCCUCGGCACUUCGUUCCCUCCUCGAGCUGGCCCCCGCCGACUCGCCAGCGCGUCACAUGUGUGUGGCGGCAUUGGCAAUGCAUGACGCCCUGGUUCAGCAUGGCUAG